ACAUUUAACAUGUCAAUCAACAUAUUUGUACUACACAAAAUUGUGUUAAUAAACAAUAAAAAAAAUGUAAUAUUUUAAUUUAAAAUAAUUAAUGUUUCAGUAAAAACUAUGAUCGACAAGAUGACUCCUUUCCGUAGAAAGAAAAGUGGAAAAUCUUUUCCUGUUAAAGUGUGCACAUUGGACGCCGAAUUGGAGUUUAAUCUUGAGUGGCGAGCAACUGGAAGAGACCUAUUCGAAUUGGUAUGUAGAACCAUAGGCCUAAGAGAAACUUGGUACUUUGGCUUACAAUAUGAGGAUUCCAAAGGUUUUAUUUCUUGGCUUAAAUUGGACAAAAAAGUUCAGGAUCAAAGUAUACAAAAGAGCCACCAAACCUCCUCCUUCAUGUUCCUAGCCAAAUUCUAUCCAGAAGAAGUAGCCGAGGAAUUAGUACAAGAAGUAACUCAACAUUUGUUUUUCUUACAAGUGAAACAGGCUAUUUUGUCUAUGGACAUUUAUUGUCCUCCAGAGGCUUCAGUAUUAUUAGCCAGCUAUGCGGUUCAAGCUAAAUUUGGGGAUUUCGAUGAGGACACUUACAAACCUGGAAUGUUGGCCAGUGAGGAUUUGUUGCCGCAAAGAGUUAUAGAUCAGUAUCAAAUGACUUUGGAAAUGUGGGAGGAAAGGAUUAGGGUUUGGUAUGCUGAUCAUAGAGGUAUGUCAAGAGAUGAAGCUGAAAUGGAAUAUUUGAAAAUUGCCCAGGACUUGGAUAUGUAUGGCGUGAAUUAUUUUCCUAUUCAGAAUAAAAAAGAGACUGAGCUAUGGCUAGGCGUAACAGCUCUGGGACUGAAUAUCUAUGAAAAAGAAAACAAGCUACAACCAAAAACCACGUUUACAUGGAGCGAAAUAAGACACAUAAGUUUUGACGAUAAAAAAUUUAUAAUUAAGCCUGUAGAUAAGAAUUCUCCAAAUUUUGUAUUUUUUAGUCACAAAGUUAGAAUGAACAAAUUGAUUUUAGAUUUAUGUAUGGGCAACCAUGACCUGUUUAUGAGAAGGAGAAAACCUGACUCUAUGGAAUUGCAACAGAUGAAGGCGGCAGCCAAAGAGGAGAAACAACGCAGACAAGUUCAAAGGAAUAGGUUAGCAAGAGAAAAGCAAUUAAGAGAAGAAGCAGAAAGAGAUAGAGCCAAUAUGGAACAAAGAUUGUUACAGUACCAAGAAGAAAUGCGUUUAGCAAAUGAAGCCCUGAGAAGAUCUGAAGAAUCUGCUGAUCUUUUAGCAGAAAAAAGUAGAGUAGCUGAAGAAGAAUCAAAUUUAUUAAGCCAAAAAGCUGCAGAAGCUGAACAAGAAAUCACUAGGUUAAGGUUAACUGCAAUGAGAAAAGAUGAAGAGAAGGUUUCUCUGGAAAGGAAAACUCGAGAAGCUGAAUUAUUAACAGCACGUUUAGUAGAAGAAUCUGAAAGACGAGCGGCUGAAGCUAACAAACUUAAAGAGGAACUUUUAAAAGCUCGCGCAGCUGAAAAACAAGCAAAAGAAAAGCUGUUGGAUUUUUUAAGUCGCAGUACGUAUUCUGGAUCUACGCCUACAUCACCUAUUUCAUCUGUUACUACAUUAUAUUCCGCACCUUUAUCACCAAACAACGUCCACUCUGAACUGUCUUUAUUGGAUAGCGAGUCAAGUACAUCACCAGAUUUUAAUUUGAAUAUUAAUAUGAAUUUAAAUUCGUAUGAUCUCAUUGCUCACGGUGAUGCGGAUCAGUUGUCUUUGGAAAUAGAGAAAGAGAGGGUUGAGUAUCUGGAAAAAUCAAAACACCUUCAAAACCAGCUCAGAGAUCUUCGUACCGAAAUAGCAGUACUCAAAGUGACAGACAAGGCAAAUGAUUAUGAUCAGUUGCAUGACGAACAAAUCAAACUGGGCGAGAACAAAUAUUCAACCCUGAAGAAAAGCAAAAGUGGUAGUACCAAGAGUAGGGUGGCGUUUUUCGAAGAAUUGUGAAUAUAAAAUUUAUAUUCCAGGUAAAAAAACUAUAUUAUAUUGUAAAUAUUUUAUCAAUUUUUUUUUGUAUUAUGACUGAAGUAAUUAUUUCCAAAAAAAAAAAACAUAAAUCAUAUUAGGCCUUAGGUUAUUUUUUUGCUCUCAACGUGCCUUAUGUAAGUCUAAACAUAGUAGUGUCUUCAAAUGCUCCAAAGGUUUUCAAUUGCAACUUAAUUAGGAUCCUUUAUUAUCUUUGAUUUUUUUACUUAACAAAAAUUAUUAUUUAUGUGAUCUUUUUACGGAUAGUUAUACAUAUGUUUUGGAAAAUAUUGGUUCGAUUUAAACCUCUUUAAAAACCAUAAACUGUAUUUUUGUGUGCCUUAAGCUUUGGACAACAAUGUAUAUGUGUUUUUGAGCGGUUUUGGGUGAGGUCCCAAUAAUGACUAAUUAUUAAACAAGUGCACUUGUUAAAUUUAGUGUUUUAAAAAUGACAUAGUUUAAUAAAAGUUAAAAAUAGAUUGCUACAAAAAAAGGAAUAAUAAAUAUUUUUAAAGAAAGUUUAAUUAAUUUUAUUCAAAUUCAUCAUCAUCAGACAAGCUUACUACAAAUUUUGGUUAAGGAUGUUCUAAAACUAUGUUGUAUCAAGUUUUGUUGUUCUCAAGGCCUCAAAAUAUGAAAAUUUUCCGGUUUGGUUCAUUAAAUUUUGAAAAUUUGUUUUGAUCACCCUGUAUCCUAUUGGAACAAAAAUUCGUACAUUGGAAUUUUAGACUAUUCUAAACAAGAAUCUGCUAUCAGAUUUUUUCUAAAAAAAAUCCCUAAUAGUACUUAUUGAAAUUUGAGCCUAUAAAUGUGGACACCCUGUAAACCAGUGCAGCCGUAGAAAUAAAAUUAUGAGCCUAAUAAGUGACAAAUUCGAAUAGCUACAAGACAAAAAAAAAAUGAAUUGAAUCGGUUGAAAAAUAAAAAUUUUAGAAGGGUGGUCAGUCCUUAAGCGGGACACACUGUAUGUCACAUAUGGAAAUGGAGUAAUUGUGACCAUUAAUAUCAUGUCUUUAAAUAUUGUUUGCAGAAGUUUAGAUAAGAGUUAACCGGUACUUGCAACUUUCUUGGAUCUUGCUAAAGCCUUUUAUACGGUAAAUCAUGAUAUACUAUAGGAGAAAUUGAAUAACUAUGGUAUAAGGGAAGUGGCUUUGAAGUUGUUUGGAAGGUAUAUUGUCAGACAGAAAAUAGACUGUUAAAUUGUCAAAUUACUGCAGUCAGCCUGUGACUGUUACACACGGAGUUCCCCAAAGCACAAUUCUUGGGCCUUUAUUGUUUUUAUUGUAUAUCAAUUGCCCUCGGAAACUAUUGUAUCCUAUGCUGAUGAUACUGUGAUAUUAUGUGGUGACGAUAAAAAUAAAUAAUCCCCAAAUAAAAAGAGUAGAGAGUUGUAAGUACUUAGGUAUUUAUAUUGAUUAUAGAGUAAGAUGCACAUUGAAUAUGUUGUCAAUAGGACUAAAUAUUUUUUCUACUUGCGUGCGCAAAGUAAUCACUUUGCGCACUCAUUUGCGUGCGCAAAGUUGAACUUUGCGCACGGAAACUCUUUGCGCACUAUUUUUUGUUACGCAUAAUUACCAUAGUUAUACUUGAUUUUUCAAUGUUUUGAUGGUUUCUGAAUAAACUAAUAUUCAUAAUGAAGGGUUUUAGUUGAUAUUAGCGCUUAGUUAACAUGAUGUUUCCUAUCAAAGGUGUCCAAAUUGGACCAGCCUGUACUGCUAGGAAUUUGUACAAUUUUUGAUAUUUGAGAGACUCUCAUGAAAAUAUUCUAGCUGGUAUUCUAGAAAUUCCAGAAGAUGUUAAAAGCUUUUUGGGAUUUUAAUUUAAGACAUUCUAAGGAAUUCCAAUAGAUUUUAAACGAUUUUUGAAGAUUUUGAUUUGAUUGAUUUUUCUAAUAUUGUAAUAAUUCAAAGUCUACUUUUUUAAGAUAUUCGUAGAAAAAAUAUUGUUCCUAACACUUGCGCAAAGUGUCUUUCCCGCACUCAAAGCUUAUCCGAACUCCGCUUCGCGUCGUUCGUCUAACUGCUUUUUCGUGCGGGAAAGUAUCACUUUGCGCACUUGUUAGGAAAAUAACUAU